AUGUCCUCUGAGCCAGAAGUCACACACAAGUCGGGGAAAAAAAGACGCAGAAUUGCCAUUCUGUGCAAUGUCUGCAAAGCACGAAAGGUCAAGUGUGACCGGUUGUUGCCGUGUAGUUCUUGUCUCAAGCACAAGACCGCACACCUAUGUUCAUUUAGCGAUUCAAUAGAGAAAAGUGAAUUGAAAGCUGCCAAACCUGACAGUGUGAAGCUGGAAAUGCCAUUGCAAGUGUCUCUGCCAAAGAAGAACGGUGCUAUUCCACAUUCUUCCAAGUAUUAUGAUGGAGAAGACGUUCUAUAUUUGGCGCCAACUACUCCAGCAAAGGUAUUGUCCAACUUCUCCAACUUGCGAAGUGUCAUUGGUGUGAAUCCCAUAGCAUCUCCUCAAGACGCAGUGAACUUUUAUCUGGGCUAUAAUCCCAUCAGUCGGGACCCUGAAACACUUGAAGAGUGUAAUCAUGGCCCGUUUUCGUGGCAUUCUAUUGUCCGGGUUGAUCCAGCACUCGCAGUACUCUGGAAGUUCAUGUUUGACGUGAAACCCAGAGAUACCAACGAUAAGCACGACGUCCGUGUUGAUUUCAAUAAAGAUAAGCUCCAGCUAAAGGUAUUGGAUCGGAUUCGUAAACAGCUGGUGCAGAAGUUCGAUCCCAAGAAGGUGGGGCUGCACUUGAAGAAUCUUCCUUUAGGACUUACUUUUAACGAUCCCAAUUCUGACAAGCAGAACGUGGGACAUGAAGAGCGACUCUUGGGUAUAUUGCCUCUGAAAAGAAUUGUAUGGAGCCACAUCAACCGGUUCUUUGGCAUCUUGUACCCAUUUUUCCCGUAUUUGGAUGAACAGCUGUUCAGAGAAAGAAUUUCGAGAAUCUUCGAGCCCAACCCCUAUGAAGAUGCCAAAGCAACUUCGAUUAAAAUUACUGCACAAACUGAUACCGCUUACAUUGGCAUCUUGUGUCUCCUUCUUCGGUUGAGCUACCUCUCGCUCAUCUCUAAUGACAACAAGAGCAACCAGGAAAUCAUUGAGCUUGAAACGAAUGAUACAAAACUCAUGGAAACACAAAUGCUUCUAUUAUGUCCCAUUGGUAUUGAAUUUGUGGAUUUCGCUAAGACAUGCCUAAAUCUGUACCAGGUAGGAAAUCGGUCCAAUCUCAUCGUCCUCCAGCUAAUGGUGUUCACUCGUAUAUACAUGGAGCAGUCGCCAGAAGACGCGGAAGGACCAGCCAGAGACAUGUAUCAGGUGAACAAUGGUGUUUUGCUUCAGUUAGCAAAUACACUUGGUCUCAACCGAGACCCAAGCAUGAUUGAGACAUUGUCAGAUGCCAAAGUAAACAACAUUCGACGUAAGCUAUGGACGUUUAUCCAGUUCCGUGACGUGGUCAAUGCUGUCAAAUUUGGGUCUCCGUUUGUGUCUGCGGCAUUCGCAAGUGACACCAAAUUCCCCUACCUUGAUGAGAACAAUGCCAAUUGUUGCACAGAAGGAAUGGAUGCAUUAGUGGAUCGCUCGUUCCGACCAUUGAAGGAGCUCUUGCCGUUGAUGAAGGAUGUUGUUCUGAAGGUUCUCCAAGUCGAUAAGGGAACUCUGCUAGUAGAGUUGUUAAAGGCACUCAACAACUUAGAAGUUUAUCUAUUCGAAAAGUAUGGCACACUCCGAGAUGUCAAUAAGGUAUAUCUUCAUAACACUGCUGAGUCCAUCGAGAAGUUAGUACAACUCCCUUAUUACAUCCCCAUUCAGGUAUUUAUUGUUUCGGUGUAUUUCCGGUUGUAUCUCUAUUACGAGAACACCAACAAUCUGCUUGCCUUCUUCUAUUGCAAAAAGAUAUUGACUAUCAUUGCUCGUGAAUCUCUUCCAUAUACCUACGAUAUGUUGGACAAACCUCAUCCUUUUUUCCACUAUUCGGCGCAGAUGGUGGUCAACCCGCAUCUCGAGUACAUUUUGCACCGAUCGGUGGGAUUUUUGGCUGCUUUCACUGUCCGGUUGGGAAACCAAAUUCUGGCUGCGAAAUCUAAGGAGAAUGACUCCGACUCCAAGAUCUUGCACUUAAAAUUUUUGAUGAAGACACUUUCCAGAUGCUGCAAAGUGUGUCUAAUGGGUAUUCACAAAAUUAACCAUCGCUACUGCUAUGCAUGGAGAAUUGGUACCACAUUUACAUAUAUUGUGAGGUCAUUAGUGAGUGAGGGAUUCUAUGAGAGGAUCCGUGCACGGCAAAACGAGAUAACGCUACAGGUGAACUUUGAUGAUACUCAAAUCAGAGAUUUAAUUGGACUUGUGCUGCCGCUCAUGGAACAUAUCGACUUGUCUGGAUUUGGCAUCUACUGGAACAUCGUUCAUGAUGUAAUCAAGCUUGGAAAGCCUGAGAUGGGCAGAGAGGUGUUAUUUAAUCCCAUGGAUAGCAACGUUGUAUUUGAAGGACUUCCUAGUACACUAAGUGAACUUGAUGUCCAGACUUUUGAGCUGCCUGAUGAGUUUGGAAUAGAUCCACAAUGGUUUCCAGCAUUCGAGGUGCCUAAAGACCUAGAUAAUGUGAUGGGAACAUUUUUCGGGGGACCGGAGUCAUAUUUUGAGGCUUUUAACGCCUCGACUAACCAGUCUAUGCUUGACAAUUAUGGAAUUGGUGGGGGUAUAGGAUUUUCGUAA